AUGGAUUCUGCGCUGCAAUGCAUUAUCUGCUCCGGGCAACCUCGAUUCAGCGAUGUCUCGCAUUUGCUGACCCAUGUUGCUUCCAAGUCUCAUCUGUCCCAUUACUUCAAGCUUCAGGUUCGCAGUCACCAGGAGCCUCAAGCCACUGAGCUCCUCGCAGAAUAUGACGACUGGUAUGGCACCAAUGACCUCGCUCAGUUGCUGUCCGACAGAAUGUCGUCUAAGGAGGAUCGAAAGAAAAAGAGGAAACCCCAGUCGAAGGCAACGGUCGAGGCCAAUGUUCAGAAUACGCAGAGAAGAUCACGACGAUCGAAGCCAGAACUCAUACCCCCCCAAGCCCCUGCUUUUCCCGACUUCUUGGAUCCUCGCCUGGUGGACUCCCCUGAGCAAGCGCGACUUGGAUUGAGCGCCAAGGACGAGUCACUGAUCUCAAGCUAUGCCACUCCGACGAGAUUUGCGGUGGCUGAGAGCUACGCCAUACAAGCGGAUACCGGUGUCGAUCAGACUUCAACACCACCAAUGCGCAUUGGGGAGCACGAGGGGCAUGGGCAUAAUCUUGGAUGUGCAGAGAAGUCUUAUUCCGUUUUGCCAGAAACACCGAAACGUUCCCGCACCAGAGGCAGACCGAGUGGGACGACGGGCCACAGCAUCCCAGAUCCCUUCAUGGAUGGUGGAAUACGCCGCAAGGCGCUGGAAGAGAUUGAUGCUGAUAAGGCACGAGCAGAUGAAAUGGCCAGACUCAAGGGUGUCCUGUGGCCAGGAAUGGACAUAUUUGAUUCCGCAACCCAGCAAAUGCGACGCAAGCGUAACCAGAAAAAGGACCGAAGUGUGUUGACGAUGAUGGAGAUGACAUCUUCGCUGGUGGAGCCGACUGAGCUUAUAUUUUCCCCGACGGGGAUCUUGCGGAAGCAGCGCGUGAUUUCCGGGAAUGUUGAAGAUGACAGCCCUUUGAAGGGGGAGACACCCAUUCCGAAAAGACGCAUGUCACGUCCCAAGAGAGAAGUUCUUCGUCGGGCAGACUCCAACUUGCCCCGCGCUCAAGACAGAAAGCAAGACCGAAAGCGCGCUAAACAGGCCGUGAAUGACAAGCGCAAUCGAACAGAAUUGGAAACCUUGGACGUCAAUGAUGGAUCUUCUUGUCUCUCUUUUGGGGGCCUGAAGGGCCUCAACUCGUCAUUUGACGAUGACAGUGAGAUUGGCCUCGCCGUCCAGGCGUUUGGAAAACGACGCGGCAAUGGGUUUACCAUCUUCGCGGAUGGAGAUGGCCAAGACAAGUCAGUAUUCAAAGACCAAUCCGGGCUCCCCAAGCUUCCACGGGACAAUUUGACUCCGGCGCGUUUGAUUCUGAACCAUAAAUCAGAUUCUAACAACCAUGUGGCAAAGGCUGGUUCAUCAUUUCGUGACAAGGAGAACAUUGAGCCGAUCAUCAACGCCCAGGGUCGAAUUGACUUUCACGAUUGGCCAUCGCCAUUCCCAAGACAAAGUGACACAGAGAAUACCAGCUAUACGCCUCGAUAUUACUACGACGAACCGCUGUAUGGCGGUCUUGGGCUUGAUGAUAGAUCUGACAAGACUGGACAUCGAUCCAACCCUCUGCUGCCCCCGAGCUCGAAGCUGGGAUACUUUGAGGCAAGCCCGUAUGGGAAUGACCCGACGUAUGCCAGUGACUGGACAAUCACUGGCAUGUACCACCGUGCGGUGUCUUCUGAAGCCACUAUUUCCGAGCAGGACCACCACGACCUUGCCCGUCUCUAUUUGGCCACCAACGCAGAUUAG